AUGGGCACCAUUUCAAAAAGGCAUCAGAUGCCAUUGAACAACAUACUAGAGGUGGAGAUCUUUGAUGUGUGGGUAAUAGACUUCAUGGGACCAUUCCCAUCGUCCCGAGGUAAUCAAUACAUUCUAGUAGAUGUGGACUACGUGUCUAAGUGGGUGGAGGUUGUUGCAUUGCCAACAAAUGAUGCCAAAGUGGUUGUCAACUUCAUCCGAAAGCACAUCUUCACCAGGUUUGGAACGCCAAGGUCUAUAAUCAGUGAUGGAGGUAAGCACUUUAUAAAUAACGCAGUUCAUAGUCUGUUAGCAAGGUAUGGGGUGAGGCACAAAAUGGCUACAACAUAUCAUCCUCAAACUAAUGGGCAGACUGCUUACAAGACACCGAUAAGGACUUCUCCUUAUCGAAUGGUGUUUGGGAAAGCAUGUCAUUUACCAGCUGAGUUAGAGCACGAGGCAUAUUGGGCGAUUAAGAAUCUGAAUCUGGAUGCUGAGUUAGCAGGUAGGAAGAGAAUCACACAGUUGCACAAGUUAGAAGAAUUUAGGCUUCAUGCCUAUGAAAAUGCCAAAUUGUACAAAGAGAAGACCAAAAGGUGGCAUGACAGGCAUAUUGUGUCCCGCACCUUUGAGCCUGGUCAACUAGUGUUUCUGUUUAAUUCACAGUUGAAGUUGUUUCUCGGUAAGUUUCGAUUUAAGUAG